AUACGACAAAAAUAGUUUGACAAGAGACGUUGAAGACCUAAAACCUAUUCUUUCCGAACAAGUGUACACAGUUUGAACUGAAAUAACGAAAAAACUGGAUUAAUUGAGCAAAUAUUAUUUUAAAUAAUAAAUCCUAAAUUGAAUAAAUUAGUGUUUUUUUUGAAAUGAAUAUAUGAAAUUUUGGGAUUGAUUAAGUACUGAAAAUUGUUCGUAAAAACUAUACAUAUGAGAUAAAUAAAAUCGAUACGAAUACGCCACAGUGAACAGUUUUCAGGAAUCAUAUACAUAUACAUAUGUAUAUAUAUAUACAUACUCACCGCAACACAUACUCAAGUAUACAUUGAAAAUGGCCGGCCAUAUGGAACUGUUGAAAUUUAUUUAAAUAAAACAAAGGCAUAAUAAUUGAACGAAUUAUCAAACAGAAUUGAAUUGUUAAUACAAAUUAUUAAGCUUACAUAUAAAUAAGCAAGUACAAGUAUAAACACAUAAUAGCGUUCGCAAUAUGUAUCGCGUUGGUUUCGUUACAUUAACACUAGUUGGAAUGGUGUUGCUCAACAUAAUGGCGCUGUGUGAAAUGUCGGUAUACCCAGGUCUACGUCGAAAACCUUUGCACCAAUCGUUGCAACAAUCGUUCGAUGUACCCUCUGACUUUCUUGCCCAAUUAAUGGAGGAGAAUGCACGACGUCGAUUACAACAACAAUUUAUACAACAGCUCGAAUUGAUAAAUAUGAAAAUGAAUAGUCAACGGCAGCGACAAGAACAAUGGGAGAGAUACCGCCAAUUGCAGUUACAACAGCAACUUCGACAACAACAAAUGUUGCAAAUGGAGGAUUCAAAUGAAAAUGAAAAUGAAAAUGAAAGUGAGACAUAUGGUAACGAUAAUCUCAUAACAGAUGAUGAUGAAAAUAACAAUAAUCAAUAUGACCAAAUGGAUAAAUCAAAUUCAGAAUUUAGUUUCAAAUAUUCGCCUUCAAGUUACAAUAAUUUUAAAAAUGUUAAUAUAUUCAGAGAACGACCACCAUUUGCAGUUGGUCCUACCGACCCACGUUUUUAUGAAGCCGAUACUAGUUUCGAUGAAAAUGAUCAGAUUGUAGAUAAUCGCGAUGAUACUAAAUCAGAUGAGCUAGAUUCACGUGCGUUAGAAGACUAUGAGGAAUAUGUUCCAGCAGACACAAAACAAGUUAAUGAAAAAACUGAUGUCAGUAGUAAAGUUGAUACUACUGUUUCUGAUAAAACUGACUCAGUGAAAUUAGCACCUGCGCCUGUUGAAACAACAAAAGUUCUGGAUAGUUCGGCGUCGUCUUCAACUACAUUUCAUCGUAUAAAACCACAAACAGCUGCUGCUGCUGCUGUUGCUGGCAUUACGGUUGGUUCAAUGAAACCUGCUAUUCCACAAAAUUUCACCCAUACAAAAAAUGUUCUACUGAGCAAAAUUCAAAAGGAUGGAAAAUCAAUUUCUUCACUCAAUACUAAUAAUGAGAUUGCAAACCAGGAACAAGACCAAAUGGUCUUACGUCAACAUUUGGGAGUAGAUGCUGACAUGGGUAGCAUGUAUUUGGUAGCGCUCAUCGCUGGAGUUAGUGCAGCCCUUACAGUUGGAAUCGUUGCUCUUGGCAUAACAUGGUACACGAUGCAUAAUAAAACAAAGGCAGCUGCUGAUGUAGAAUAUCCUGCGUACGGAGUAACAGGACCAAAUAAAGAUAUAUCACCAUCUAGUGGUGACCGUAAAUUAGCCCAAAGUGCACAAAUGUAUCAUUAUCAACACCAAAAACAACAAAUUAUUGCUAUGGAAAAUCGGCAGGCUGAUGCAGGUAACUGUGGACUAUCUGAUGUAGAAAGUGAUGAUGAUAAUGACGAGGAGGGCGAUUACACUGUAUACGAAUGCCCCGGAUUAGCACCAACUGGCGGUGAGAUGGAAGUGAAAAAUCCAUUAUUUUUAGAUGAGACGCCAUUAACGCCAUCUACAGCAGUACCACAACAACCACAGAAAAAAAUUCCAGGACCAAAUAAAACAAGCACAACUACCGCAACCUCAACAAUUGGCGAAGAAAAGAAGUCCAAAAAAAGUAAGAAGUAAAAACACUAAUUGGAUUUGGCAACUGUUUUUAAUUACAGAAAAUAAUAUUCAAUAUGUUUUCCUAAGAUAUUUUAAAUGAUUUAGUGUAACUCAAUCAUUUACAAUACUAUAAGUGAACAUUUUUAAAUACUACAAUUUACAAAAAAUGACUGGAAUAUGAUUCCUAAUUCAAUUUGCUUGUAAUAUGCUUAUGUGUACUUCGAAAACUCUUCCUUAAUCUUUAGUAUCUUUACUAUAACCGACAAAAAGAACACUAACAUGUCUUUAAAUGUAAUCACGACUAGUAAUAUUAAUAA